CGACGCAGAGGCUAGGCGGGUUCUCGUGUGUGCUCCUCGCGAUCGUGUCCUCUUCUUUUGGUCCGACGUCGCCAGGAGUGCCGCCGCCUCGCUAACGCGAUCAAGCUCACGUGGUGACUGUGACGUGGUGCUGGAAGGCGCCGAGCCUUGUUUACCGACGUCGCGUCGCUGCUAGCAGCUACGCGCUAUCACUCACCGCGCACACACGACUCGGCGGCACUGCUGCGCUGCACACCACUUGGCAGCGAUAAUUUUGCAGGGGUCCACAAUUCCGACGAAGAUCAUCGUGAACGUCACAUCAUGAGCGGUUAUUACCCUCCACCGCAACAGAAGCAGGGCUAUCCGCAGGCACCCAUGCCCGGUGCCAUGCCUGGGGCUGUACCAGGGGCCAUGCCGUACGAUCCCCCACCGCCCUACACGCCCACUGCUCCAAACCCAUGCCAGACUGAACAGCCCAUGGACCACCCAUCCCGGCUGUAUCCGGCUCCUGGACAGCCAUACCCCUCACCAGCUCCAGGGCAAUAUCCAAUGGCCUCGUACCCACAGCAGCCGGGCCUGCCACAGCAGGCUGUGUACCAUGUCCCGGAUGCCUUUGAUGCUGGGGCCCGCUUCACGCACAGCAAGCCUAGCAUUCCUCCUCCUCCCCCUGGAGUUCCCCCAAAUGCUGCUCAGCUGGCUGCCAUGCAAGGCAAUCCCGUAGUCCUAGGCCAAAAGAAGAACAACUUCUGGACCACUGGCGCCGGAGGUGGCUACACCUUCUGGUAGACACAAAAGAGCCUCCACCAAUGCUCUGGCUGCUGUGUUUACAGUUCCAAGGCUUUUAUUU